UAGCAUAAGUUAUGUUUUUUAAAUGAUAACAACAAUUAUUAUAGUAAUUUAGAGAUUUACUCACCAUCUACAUGCCCAAAAUUGUCCUAACGAAGAGUAUAUAUACUUUUUCAGUUGGGUAUGCCAAGAUGUCUUUGACAGAUGAAACAGACAUGCACAGAAGACAGGUUCAGUUUUAUGAACAGGCUCAGGCUGGAAAGCUUCAAAACACGGCAGAUCUGUACCAUGAAAUAGAGAACCUUAAGAUGAAAGUGAAACAGCUUGAAAAAGGGCACAAGGAGUAUCCGAAGGUGCCGAUGCUGAAUUACAAGGACAGGAAAAGGAUUCUGAUUACUGGUGGUGCAGGAUUUGUUGGUUCACACCUUGUGGAUAAGUUGAUGAUGCAGGGCCACGAAGUCUAUGUUGUGGACAACUUCUUCACUGGGCGUAAGAAAAAUGUAGAACACUGGAUCGGACAUGAAAACUUUGAGCUGAUACAUGCAGAUAUAGUAAACCCGCUCUUUAUUGAAGUGGAUCAGAUAUACCAUCUGGCAUCCCCUGCUUCCCCUCCAAACUACAUGUACAACCCAGUGAAGACACUGAAAACCAAUACCAUAGGGACCAUCAACAUGCUUGGUUUAGCCAAAAGAUGUAGAGCAAGGAUGUUGUUAUCUUCGACAUCUGAGGUGUAUGGAGACCCUGAAGUACAUCCCCAGAGUGAAGAUUAUUGGGGUCAUGUGAACCCUAUAGGGCCCAGAUCCUGUUAUGACGAAGGCAAAAGAGCAGCUGAAAGCCUCAUGUAUGCUUACAAGAAACAGGAGCAAGUUGAAAUUCGAGUGGCAAGGAUUUUUAACACUUUUGGUCCACGUAUGCACAUGAAUGAUGGACGUGUUGUCUCAAACUUCAUUCUGCAGUCAUUGCAAGAUCAGCAUAUCACAAUAUAUGGGAAGGGAGAGCAGACGAGAUCAUUCCAGUAUGUAAGUGAUCUGGUUGAUGGUCUUGAGGCACUGAUGAAUAGUGACUAUGAUCAGCCAGUUAAUAUUGGAAAUCCUGAUGAGUACACGAUAAAUGAAUUUGCUACAGCUAUAAAACAAAGAGUUGGUGGCAAAAGCAAGAUAAUCCAUAAACAGUCUGUGACAGACGAUCCAAGUAGACGUAAACCAGACAUUUCCAGAGCUAAACAGUAUCUAAACUGGGAACCUAAGGUGAAGGUCAUGGAUGGAGUCAACAAGACAAUAGAAUAUUUCCGACAGGAGCUUCGGCUUUCCAACAUGAUUCCAUAGAAACAUCUCAAGUAAUCUUUGUGACUUUGAAAGUAAAACUGUACUAUGAUGAUGUGUCCAUUUUGAAGGACACAUAGAACGUGGGUUUUAUUUUUUCAGAUACAAAGCCUAUAACUCUUGGGCUAAUAGUCAAUUCAGUGCAAAAUCCAGUUGAGGAGACUGGGGUCUCUCUCUCCACUAUUAAAAGCUGAUAUGUCUUCAUAUGACCUUCUUUGUGCCAGUAAGGCUUAACAGACAACUAAAACAACAGACCAUAUUUAACCAAAGACCAAACAGCUCUUAAGUCCACAAGUUUCAUCAUUUGCAGUGUAUUGUAAUCUGUAAAUGGAGAUCAUCUGCAAAAAACCACUUUUGAUUCUUUCAAGUGUGGCUAGUUAAUGUGUACAAUUGUGACUUUGCUGGAAUUAAGUUUAUAAACAGGUCAGGUAAUAAGACCAUUUUUUUUAAAGAAACAGACAUUCCUUUUAUGGAAAUAUAUGGUAGAAUUUAUCUUAAAUUGGUAGUAGUCACAUCAUUUUGACUUCACUUACUUUAAAUAGAUGAAUAUUUGAAUAACACACUUUUAAGAUUAUUUUUCAGGUAACUAGGUAUGGUCUGGUUUUGAAAUUGUUAAUUUGAAAAUUUAAAAAUGUAUGUUUGUUUUGCACUGGCAAUCAUUUUACCAGCAGUAGCUUGUUACAGCUAGAUUUUAAUGAUUUUUGUAAGAGGUAAAAAUGGAGGUCUUUUUUACCUCCUAGAUUUACCACAAUCCUCAUUUUUGUGACAAAUGCUACAAAGUCCAUUUCCGCCACAGUCCCCACUCCCCUGCCCCCCCCCCCUCCCCACCCACA